GACGCCGGAUUCGCGGGAGCAGCUGCGGGAUCCGGGCGGGAGGGGAGCGGGAAGACCCGUCCGAGGGUGUGUGGAUUUGAGCCUCCGCAUUUGUAACCGAAGAUCUCGAAAUGCAUCGUGAUUCCUGUCCAUUGGACUGUAAGGUUUAUGUAGGCAAUCUUGGAAACAAUGGUAACAAGACUGAAUUGGAACGAGCUUUUGGUUAUUAUGGACCACUCCGAAGUGUGUGGGUUGCUAGAAACCCUCCCGGCUUUGCUUUUGUUGAAUUUGAAGAUCCCCGAGAUGCAGCCGAUGCUGUCCGAGAGCUAGAUGGGAGAACACUGUGUGGCUGCCGGGUAAGAGUGGAACUGUCGAAUGGUGAAAAGAGAAGUAGAAAUCGUGGCCCACCUCCCUCUUGGGGUCGCCGCCCUCGAGAUGAUUAUCGGAGAAGGAGUCCUCCACCUCGACGCAGAUCUCCAAGACGGAGAAGCUUCUCCCGCAGCCGGAGCAGGUCCCUUUCGAGAGAUAGGAGGAGAGAGAGAUCACUGUCCCGGGAGAGAAAUCAUAAGCCGUCCCGAUCCUUCUCUAGGUCCCGUAGCCGAUCUAGGUCAAAUGAAAGGAAAUAGAAGACCAGUUUGCAAGAGGAGGGGUGUACAGGAAAUAACUUCAUUUGACAGGAGUAUGUACAGAAAAUUCAAGUUUUGUUUGAGACUUCAUAAGCUUGGUGCAUUUUUAAGAUGUUUUAGCUGUUCAUUUUUUGUCUUUUGGAACAGUGACACAUACAUGUGUAAUUCUCUAUGGUUUGAAAUGAGACAUAUGAGGCAUGUAAUACUAAUUGUUACUUUACAAUGUUCCCUUAAGCAAGAUUGAAUUUGCUUUGAACUUUAUUUAGUCUUGCAUAGACUGAUAAUAAACCUCUAAUGCCAGCCCAGCUAAAGUGUGAUGUUGAAUAUGAUGGAAACAAAACUGGCAAAAAUUGAACUAAGACUGACUUUUUCUGUAGCUGGGAUAUAGGAUGCAGCUGUGGUUGAAAAAGCAGUCUUUAAAAGCUGCUGUGAACACAAGCCAGCAGGUAAAAAUUAAAGCUGCACCAAUAAACUAAAUUGGAGGGGGGUUUUUUUUGUUUUCUGUUUUUUU